CCCACUUCGGCGCCAAUUCGAUCGCCUGCAAGUUUCAGUCAUUCACGAAUUCAUCCAUUCGUCUUCUUUUCUCCUCUUGAAAAAAUUGACAAUCACCACGCCUCAAGCAACCAUCACAAUGAGCGCGCCUUCCUCCCACUCGCCCCGCGACGAUCCCGUCGCAUCGUCAUCCACCACCCUCCCUCGCAGUCAAACAAAUUCAACCGCCGAUCUUCCCCACCACAGCGCCGCCGACGAUAGCGACGACUACACCUCCUCCUCCGGCCCCAGCGACAGCGAAGAAGAAGAAAGCGACGACGAGGAUGCCCGCGCGACCGCGACCGAGCCCAGCCCCCCGCGCCCCGCGAAUAAUCCCGCGCACAAGCCUUCCGCAGCCUCCGCGGCGGACACGACAAUCCCCCGCAUUCCAGCCCUCCCCAAACCCAACAUCCACCGCAUUCAGCAGACGCCCGACCUCCUCUCCCGGCUCUCGGCAUUCCUCCCGCAGAUGAAGACCGCCAACGAGCAGCUCGAGCGCGAUAUCGCCGCCGGGCGGGCGAAGGAUAUCCGGUUGGAUGAUGCGAUGGAUGAGGAUGAGGAUGAGGAUGAGGGGGAGGGGGAGGACGACGGUCAGGCGGAUGGGAAGCGGUAUAUUGAGAUGAACCUCGGACUGGGCGUGCUGGAAGAGAAGCGGCCGGACGACGAGAUCUCGACCUCCGCGCAGCCGGGUAACGAACAGACCGUGCUGGCUUCGCGGCCUAAGGACUCUGGGGUCUUGGAUACCUUGAUGGGUAAUACGGAUGCUGCAGCCACGGCGGCGUCGAAGCCCACGAUUGAGGAGUUGGAGAAGUGAUUCCUAUGUUUUCUGUUUGUGGAUCCACAAUCUUUUUUAAAAAUGGCCGGGGAAAAGUUUCUGGGUAAAGAUAGGGUUUUUUAGUCUGCAUGGCUAGAGGGCGUUUGGGGUUGGACUUUUUUUUGUCUUUCUACUUCGUGUGCAGUUUCAAGUAUCUGUCUUGGAAUCCGGGCAUCUUUUUUUUUGGCUUGGCUUUUUCAUCAAGCAGGUGGAGGCAUGCGCUCGUGUCGACCUCCACAGUUACGUUUAUAGACUAGUUUUGGACUGAACGAUACUACGACCGAGUCUAAAAAUAAUUUCGACAUAUUGAACAAUCAUG